AUGACCGACAACAACCUGCAUUUUCGUGUUGCAACUCCAGAAGAUGCGGUGCAAGUUCAGCGACUAGUGCAAUCGGCGUUUCGCGCUGAAGACAGCCGACCAGCGUGGACCGCAGAUGAGAAACUCAAUUCGAGCUUUUCCAUUGCAGUCAAAGAGAUCCUGGCCACGAUCACCAACCCAGAUACUGCAUUUUUGAUGGCCACUGACAACAAUGCCACUCUUGUGGCCACUGUCGGGGUUUCUAAGAAGGCGGCUGACCGCGGUCGCCUCUUUAUGCUCGCAGUAGACCAGCAAUACCAGCGCGGCGGUGUUGGCCGCCGGGUACUUGCUUACGCUGAGGAUUACUCCCAAAAGACUUGGGGCAUCACGAACCUCGGGUUGAACGCGCUUUCGACGCGCCAGAAUCUGAUUUUGUGGUACAUACGCCGCGGCUACCGCAAGACUGGCGAAGAAACACCAUUCCCCCGUGAGCACUUCAAAGAUCUGGUGUUGCCGGAUGACUUGUGUUUUGUGGAGCUGGAAAAAGACUUAGGCACAAUUCCUGUUGUGGAAGGACCUGAAUGA